GGCUGGUUUAAAAAUACACAGAGGAAGCGAGGGAGAGGGUGAGAGAAAGGGGAAGGGGUGUGUGGGCGGAAGCACUUCAACCUUGAUGUCCAGAGCCACAUGCCAGCUGGCCAGGGGCUUUGCACAACUCGCCAAGAUGACGGAGGGUCCCAAGAAGACCAGCAAAAAGUUCAAGUUCUUCAAGUUCAAGGGCUUUGGGAGUCUCUCCAGUCUCCCUCGGUCCUUCACACUGAGGCGGUCUUCCACUCCCAUUAGUAUCCGGCCCCAUCUGGAGCCUGACGCCUUUGAAGCUACACAGGAUGACAUGGUGACGAUCCCCAAGAGCCCCCCAGCCUAUGCCCGCUCCAGUGACAUGUACAGCCACAUGGGCACCAUGCCUCGUCCUGGCAUCAAGAGAGUUCAGGACCAACGGGCUACCCAGAAGGCCAAGGAGGUGAGCCCUGAGCCCCACCUGGUACCUCGAGGUCUUCCAGACCCACCAGGAUUGGAGGCAGCCAAGGAGGUGAUAGUGGAGGCUCAUGUACCCCUGGAGGACACACCAGCUGUGGGAUCCAGCCUUGCAGCACUGGAGGUGGACUCUACGACAAAGUCUGAGGACCUCACAGUAGACAUAAAGGAGGAGAGGGCCCCUAGGGAUAUGCACCCAGAAGGGGCUACUGGAGAGCUGGAGGCUGCUGGAGACUAUGUGAAGUUCUCCAAGGAAAAAUACAUUCUGGACUCCUCGCCAGAAAAACUGCACAAGGAGCUGGAGGAAGAACUGAAGCUUAGCAGCACAGACCUCCGCAGCCAUGCCUGGUACCAUGGCCGCAUCCCCCGAGAGGUCUCAGAAACCCUGGUGCAGCGCAAUGGUGACUUUCUCAUCCGGGACUCACUUACCAGCCUGGGGGACUAUGUGCUCACCUGCCGCUGGCGCAACCAGGCCUUGCAUUUCAAGAUCAACAAGGUGGUGGUGAAGGCAGGCGAGAGCUAUACCCACAUCCAGUACCUGUUUGAGCAGGAGAGCUUCGAUCACGUGCCUGCCCUCGUGCGCUAUCAUGUGGGCAGUCGCAAGGCUGUGUCAGAGCAGAGCGGAGCCAUCAUCUACUGCCCUGUCAACCGCACCUUCCCACUGCGCUACCUUGAGGCCAGCUAUGGCCUGGGCCAGGGCAGUGGCAAGGCUGCCAGUCCUGCCAGCCCCUCAGGUUCCAAAGGCAGCCACAUGAAGCGGCGCAGUGUCACCAUGACUGACGGGCUCACUGCUGACAAGGUCACACGCAGCGAUGGCUGCCCUACCAGCACAUCACUGCCCCAUCCCCGGGACUCCAUCCGCAACUGUGCCCUCAGCAUGGACCAGAUCCCAGACCUGCACUCGCCCCUGUCCCCCAUCUCUGAGAGCCCCAGCUCCCCCGCCUACAGCACUGUAACCCGUGUCCACGCCACCCCUGCAGUCCCAUCUGCCACAGCACUGCCAGCCUCCCCUGUUACCCGCCGCUCCAGUGAGCCCCAGCUAUGUCCUGGAAGUGCCCCAAAGCCCCCUGGGGAGUUGGACAAGGGUCCUCAUGCCAGUCCCACCCACACCCUCUGCAAGGCCUCUCCAUCACCAUCACUCAGUAGCUACAGCGACCCGGACUCUGGCCAUUACUGCCAGCUCCAGCCUCCUGUCCGUGGCAGCCGAGAGUGGGCAGCAGUGGAGGCCUCUAACCGGCAGGCCAAGAGCUAUGGGGAGAGGCUAAAAGAACUGUCAGAAAAUGGGACCCCUGAGGGGGAUUGGGGCAAGGCCUUCACAGUCCCUGUUGUGGAAUCCACUUCUUCCUUCAACCCGGCCACCUUCCAGUCACUACUGAUCCCCAAGGAUAACCGGCCACUGGAGGUGGGCCUUCUGCGCAAGGUCAAGGAGCUGCUGUCAGAGGUAGACGCACGGACACUGGCUCGGCAUGUCACCAAGGUUGACUGCCUGGUUGCUAGGAUACUGGGCGUUACCAAGGAGAUGCAGACCCUAAUGGGAGUCCGUUGGGGCAUGGAGCUGCUCACCCUCCCCCAUGGCCGGCAGCUACGACUAGACCUGCUGGAAAGGUUCCACACCAUGUCCAUCAUGCUGGCGGUGGACAUUCUUGGCUGCACGGGCUCCGCGGAGGAGCGGGCGGCGCUCCUGCACAAGACCAUCCAGCUGGCGGCGGAGCUGCGGGGGACUAUGGGCAACAUGUUCAGCUUCGCCGCGGUCAUGGGCGCCCUGGACAUGGCCCAGGUCUCCCGGUUGGAGCAGACAUGGGUGAUGCUGCGGCAGCGAUACACGGAGGGUGCCAUCCUGUACGAGAAGAAGCUCAAGCCUUUUCUCAAGAGCCUCAACGAGGGCAAAGAAGGCCCACCACUGAGCAACACUACCUUUCCCCACGUGCUGCCACUCAUCAGUCUGCUGGAAUGUGACUCGGCCCCUGCAGAAGGCCCAGAGCCCUGGGGUAGCACGGAGCAUGGCGUGGAGGUGGUGCUGGCUCACCUGGAGGCUGCCCGCACAGUAGCACACCACGGGGGCCUCUACCACACCAAUGCCGAGGUCAAACUGCAGGGGUUCCAGGCCCGGCCAGAGCUACUGGAGGUGUUCAGCACUGAGUUCCAGAUGCGCCUCCUCUGGGGCAGCCAGGGCGCCAGCAGCAGCCAGGCCCGGCGCUAUGAGAAGUUUGACAAGGUCCUCACUGCCCUGUCCCACAAACUGGAGCCUGCCGUCCGUUCCAGCGAGCUGUGACCCGAAGCAACCUUUCCCCUCUGCAUCUGCAGGCAGCCUCAGGGGGCAGAGGGACACAGGCCUUUUCCCUAGAGCACCCCAAGGACACUGUGAUCAGCCCAAGAAUUUUCUGGGUUCAACUCCGGGAUCUCCCUUGCACCUCCAGGGUCCUAUGUGGACUCUGAGCUCCUGCCCUCCACCACACACUCAACAAGCCUCCUUUCAGGAAGGACAGGAGCCCUGUUCCUCCCUCCAGCUUCUGCUGCUCCCCUGCGUGCUGAGGUUCCCUUUUUUUUGAGCCAUGGGAGGUUCCCUCAUGCCUCCUCCCUCUUCUUCAGGCAUCUGUGCCCACAGGCACCGAGGCCUCCAUGUUACUGUAAAUAAGUCUAUCUGUUCUGUAAAUAGGUGUACAAAAGACCUACUCUUCCUUUCAUAUAAUAAACUUUUAUGAUACUUU